CUUUCAUGCUCGCAACACAAUGGCCUUCGUUCCAGUCUUGGGUACAAUCCGUCCGAACACAUAGAGGGUUGACGCGCCAUGAAUUCUAAUUAUCGAGGCAGUUUUGUUAGUUGGAAAACUAGCAAUACAUUAAGUAAUCCGUAUAAUUAUCCCUACGGAUACAGACAGGAAUCAGGGCCCGUAGGGUACAACCCGGAUUUUCCCUCGAUCCAGAACGUCCAGGGAUCAUCCACUUAUUAUCAGCAGCAGCAGUACAAUUACUCACAGGGAGAGUACAAUCCGGCUUUCCCUAGUUACUCUAAGCCAAUAUACUCACGAGACUAUUCCUUUCGGCACAAUCGCGGUUAUCCUCGCGUAAAUAAUUCUGUCCAGCAGUCCAGAGGAAACUCUCGUGCCGCAAAGCUGAAAACCACGCAGUCGAAUAACGCUUUGAAGGGGAACAAGAGCAAGACUAAAGCUCAAAGCACCACUGAAUCCUCGUCCACUAGUUCACAAGUGCUGAAGGCUGAGGACGCACUGCAAAGUGACGAUCAGAAGCCUGGUAAAGUUCGCCCCAUAUCGUCCGAGAAACCCGACAUAUCCGUUUUAAAAAUCAUUUCGCCAAAAAAGAACACUAAGCAUCCGCGUAAAUCGCACGCGGGUAAGUCUGAAACGGGUACUAAACGUGGAGCGUCUACAAGCUCAGGUUUUAAAAAGAACAUGAGCUACAUGCCAUUUGGGGGAAUGCCUCGCGGUAACUUCCCUAUGAUGCGCGGAGGUCGUGGUGGUAGAGGCGGUGGCCGCCGAUUCGCUAUGAAACCCAACAAUAAUCCCAUGGACAUCCCAUUCAAGCCACUUUCGGAUGAUGCCCCUGCGAUCAGUCUAACGAUUGAUCCGGACAACUUCAUUUGCUUCCACGGUUUCUCCAGCAUCUUCACAACACAGCAUACAUUCCCAGUAUUGAUUGACGGAAAAAUUUAUGAGAGCGGCGAUCAUUACUAUCAGAUUCAGAAAGUGCAUGAUCUCUGUGGAACCGUCAGUGACAAGUUAACGGAAACAGUGCGAGAUGAGAAAGGUCGUCGUCUUGAUGGAAAAGUUGGUUUCAGUGAACAUAGGGAUAAAAGCUUCAGUCAAAUUGCUAAAGAUGUCAUUCGGCUGAAUAACGUCGACAAGAAAAAGGUGGAUGAAUGGCGGUAUUCAAGGGGAUUGGAAGUCAUGCAGAAGGCACUUUUGGCUAAGGUUUCCCAAUCUGUAAUGCUUCGCCAAGCGUUGUCCGAAAGUGGGAAGAAAAUCUUAGUCCAUGCAUUUCCGGGAGAUAGUAUUUAUGGAGCCGGAUGCCGGCAUGCUCAGGUGAAGAAGUGGUGUGAAAGCAUGAAAGCCAAUGGAGCUACUACUAUUAGGAUCCCAGCAACAUUCCCAUUGACCUCAGAAACGGUUGUGAAUUGUCCGAACUUUGCACAAGGGCGAAAUGUUCUAGGUGUGAUUCUGAUGCAGCUCAGGGAGAUGCUCCGUGAGAACAAGGUACCGAUCGUGGACUUAAGCUCGGUGUUUGAUUCGCUUCGCGUUGGCAACAAUAAUGUCGACCCCAGCAUGGAUGAUCAGGAUUGUGGAGAUGGAUUUGCAAUUGGUGGUGGAAGUAUCCAAGCGAAGAUUGGAGGAGGAACGACGAAGACGUAAAUUAUUAAAAAAAACAACAAGAUGCCAGUCAGAAGCAAGCUCUCAAACAUUCUGUAACAUUUUUCUGUAUGGACUCCACAUUUUUUUUCUUUUUUUGACCUAUAGAAUAUAUGCUAUGCUAACGUUCAUGUUGUUAUCUUGAAGCUAAGUUAUUUUUGUUUCUUGAAUUUUCUUUAGCCUUUUUUUUGCACUAUCAUGCACCCGGUUAUCAACUAAUCAGUCAAAUAUUGUUGUUAGUUUGUUAUUGGUAAAUCUUCUAAC